ACCUGGGGCGCGCCGGUCCAGUCAGCGGCGCCGCCCAUUUUAAAUAGCAUUUUUUGACUUGUUUCCGCGGUCUCAGUCCCCGACCUCGACGUUGCCUGGGCUCUCGCAGCCUCUCCCUGGGUCUCCUCCAAACGACCACCUCGGAUUCCUUAUGGAUCGCAGCUCCAAGAGGAGGCAGGUGAAGCCUUUGGCAGCUUCUCUGCUAGAAGCUCUCGAUUAUGAUAGUUCAGAUGACAGUGAUUUUAAAGUUGGUGAUGCCUCAGAUUCUGAAGGGAGUGGUAAUGGAAGUGAAGAUCCCUCAAAGGACAGUGGAGAAGGUUCCUGUAGUGAUUCUGAAGAAAAUAUUUUAGAGGAAGAACUGAAUGAAGAUAUUAAAGUAAAAGAAGAACAACUUAAAAAUUCUGCAGAGGAAGAAAUACUGUCAUCAGAAAAACAGUUAAUUAAAAUGGAAAAGAAGGAAGAAGAAGAGAAUGGAGAAAGACCUAGAAAGAAAAAAGAGAAAGAGAAGGAAAAAGAAAAGGAAAAAGAAAAGGAAAAAGAAAAGGAAAAGGAGAAGGAGAAAGAGAAGGAGAAAGAAAAAGCAACAGUAUCUGAUAAUGUGGCUGUUUCUGCUGCUUCCACCACACCAGCCACAAGUCCUUCUGCUGUUAACACAUCUCCUUCAGUCCCUACUACAACAGCUCCUACAGAGGAACAAGUCAGUGAGCCAAAAAAGUGGAACCUUCGUCGAAACCGACCACUUUUGGAUUUUGUAUCCAUGGAAGAGCUGAACGACAUGGAUGACUAUGACAGUGAAGAUGACAAUGAUUGGCGACCUACUGUAGUAAAGAGAAAGGGAAGAGCUGCCUCUCAGAAAGAAGGAAGUGACGGAGACAAUGAGGAUGAUGAAGAUGAGGGAAGUGGGAGUGAUGAGGAUGAGAAUGAGGAAGGCAAUGAUGAAGACCAUAGCAGCCCUGCCAGUGAAGCGGGUUGCAAGAAGAAGAAGGGUAAAGUUCUUAGCAGAAACAGUGCUGAUGAUGAGGAACUGACCAAUGAUAGCCUGACACUAUCUCAAAGCAAGAGUAAUGAGGACUCGCUGAUUCUUGAGAAGAGUCAAAACUGGAGUUCUCAAAAAAUGGACCAUAUUCUGAUUUGUUGUGUUUGUCUUGGAGAUAACAGCGAGGAUGCUGAUGAAAUAAUUCAGUGUGACAAUUGUGGCAUUACAGUCCAUGAAGGUUGUUAUGGAGUUGAUGGAGAGAGUGACUCUAUUAUGAGUUCAGCUUCUGAGAACUCCACUGAACCUUGGUUUUGUGAUGCCUGUAAAUGUGGUGUUUCCCCUAGCUGUGAACUAUGUCCUAAUCAGGAUGGAAUUUUCAAGGAGACAGAUGCUGGAAGAUGGGUUCACAUUGUUUGUGCCCUGUAUGUUCCUGGAGUAGCCUUUGGAGAUAUUGACAAAUUACGACCAGUAACACUAACAGAAAUGAACUAUUCCAAAUACGGUGCCAAGGAGUGUAGCUUCUGUGAAGACCCUCGUUUUGCUAGAACUGGAGUUUGCAUUAGCUGUGAUGCAGGGAUGUGCAGAGCCUAUUUCCAUGUGACCUGUGCUCAGAAGGAAGGUCUGCUUUCAGAGGCAGCAGCAGAAGAGGAUAUAGCAGAUCCAUUUUUUGCUUAUUGUAAGCAACAUGCAGAUAGGUUAGACAGAAAGUGGAAGAGAAAAAACUACUUGGCUCUACAAUCCUAUUGUAAAAUGUCUUUACAAGAGAGAGAGAAGCAGCUGUCACCAGAAGCACAGGCAAGGAUCAAUGCCCGGCUUCAACAAUAUCGUGCCAAAGCAGAACUAGCUCGAUCCACGAGACCCCAGGCCUGGGUUCCAAGGGAAAAAUUGCCCAGACCACUCACUAGCAGUGCUUCAGCCAUUCGUAAACUGAUGCGGAAAGCAGAGCUAAUGGGAAUCAGUACAGAUAUCUUCCCAGUGGACAAUUCAGAUACUAGUUCUAGUGUGGAUGGAAGGAGAAAGCAUAAGCAACCUGCUCUCACUGCUGAUUUUGUGAAUUAUUAUUUUGAGAGAAAUAUGCGCAUGAUUCAAAUUCAGGAAAAUAUGGCUGAACAAAAGAAUAUAAAGGAUAAAUUAGAGAAUGAACAAGAAAAGCUUCAUGUGGAAUAUAAUAAGCUAUGUGAAUCUUUAGAAGAACUACAGAACCUGAAUGGAAAACUUCGAAGUGAAGGGCAAGGAAUAUGGGCCUUGCUAGGCAGAAUCACAGGGCAGAAGUUGAAUAUACCAGCAAUUUUGCGAGCACCCAAGGAGAGAAAACCAAGUAAAAAAGAAGGAGGCACACAAAAGACAUCUACUCUUCCUGCAGUACUUUAUAGCUGUGGAAUUUGUAAGAAGAACCACGAUCAGCAUCUUCUUUUAUUGUGUGAUACCUGUAAACUCCAUUACCAUCUUGGUUGUCUGGAUCCUCCUCUUACAAGGAUGCCAAGAAAGACCAAAAACAGUUAUUGGCAGUGUUCAGAAUGUGACCAGGCAGGGAGCAGUGACAUGGAAGCAGACAUGGCCAUGGAAACCUUGCCCGAUGGGACCAAACGAUCAAGGAGGCAGAUUAAGGAACCAGUGAAAUUUGUUCCACAGGAUAUGCCUCCAGAACCUAAGAAGAUUCCAAUCAGAAACACGGAAAGAGUUCCUAGAGAGAGAAGACAAAGGCAGUCUGUGUUACAAAAGAAGCCCAAGGCUGAAGAUUUACGAACUGAAUGUGCAACUUGCAAGGGAACUGGAGACAAUGAAAAUCUUGUCAGGUGUGAUGAAUGCAGACUGUGCUACCAUUUUGGCUGUUUGGAUCCUCCUUUGAAAAAAUCUCCUAAACAAACAGGCUAUGGGUGGAUAUGUCAGGAGUGUGAUUCUUCAUCUUCUAAGGAAGAUGAAAAUGAAGCUGAAAGAAAAAAUAUAUCUCAGGAGCUCAGCAUGGAACAGAAAAAUCCAAAGAAAUAAAGGAUUUUCUGUAGUGUUUUGAAAAGUUUGCAACUUAUGUAGUAGCAGAUGAAAUUUCUAAUUGUAAAAUGUUAAAUUGUAAAAUCUAAUUUGCAAAAUGUUCUCAAUAAAGUCGUUGAAAAUGAAA